AUGCGACGGAGAUGUGGCCGUUGGGGCGCGCUGGCUCUGGUUCUGGCUGCACGAUCAUGCACCUUCUCUGCGUCUGGGCCCCGGCGGCGAGUUGUCCAAGGCCUAGUGCAGGCCGGCUUGGCGCGAGCUGCGCCGGCUUGGGCGGAAGCGCGGACCAGCGAGGAACGAUCUGCCGCGCAGGUGUUUCGCGACGCCACCCCUGGGGUCGUGUCCGUCUCCCGGAGCCUGCGCCCGGGCGAGCGGCGCCGGCCCGCAGAGGACGGCCUACCGCCGUCCCUGGGCAGCGGCUUCGUGUGGGAUGAGUCGCACGUUGUCACGAAUUAUCACGUGGUGAGGGAUAUCGGGCCUCAAGAUAUCCAGAUCGUAUUCCUAGACACGUCAGUCAAAGACGAUAUGCCCACGCGCGAAGUGCUGAAGGGCGAACUGGUAGGAACCGAUCCCUUCACAGACACUGCCGUGGUCAAGGUGUAUCCGCCGGUCGGAAAGCGGCUGGUCCCCAUGCGGCCGCUGCCACUCGGGAAGUCCUCCAGCUUGGAGGUGGGGCAAAGCGUCUUUGCCAUCGGGAACCCCUUUGGGCUCGACCACAGCAUGAGCAAGGGCAUCAUCUCUGGAAAGUCCAGAACUCUGGACAUUGGGGAGAGGCCCAUUCAGGGCUGCAUCCAGACAGAUGCGUCCAUCAAUCCAGGCAACUCUGGUGGCCCUCUUCUGGAUGCCACUGGUCGCGUGAUCGGCGUGAACACUGCCAUACUCACGGCCAGCGGCACCUCAGCAGGCGUCGGCCUGGCCAUUCCAGUGGACACGGUCAAGAAGAACGUGGAUCUGAUUUUGAAGCAGGGCUUUGUCGCCAGAGGCUUCUUGGGCAUCACCUUUGCUCCAGAUGCCAUUUCUGAUGCACUCCAAAUUCCUGGCGUGGUGGUUUUCUCCGUGGUUCCGAACAGCCCUGCAGAGCGUGCGGGCGUGCGGCCCAUGCUGAACGGAACCAUCGGAGAUGCCAUUACCGCACUGGACUCCACCCCGAUCAAGAGUGGAACCGACAUCUUCCGGCUGUUGGAUAAGCACGUCCCUGGUGACGUUGUCUCACUGGGGCUGCGAAGGGCGAGGCGCGAGGAGAGCGGUGACACCACAGUGGAGCAAGUCUUCCUGAACAUCACGUUAAGCUCCACCCCUCGCAGGAAGUGA